UUUUUAUUUCACAUUUAUAUUUUACAGGAUAAUACAGGUGUUUCACGGCACAGUGCUGACUUGAACCUUGGACCGUUUAAUUAGGGUGACCAUGUUUUGAUCAGAAUGACAAUAUUCACGUUUCAGGCGAUAAAACCUUUUUCUGUAAAACAUAAACAUCUGUCUCUACCUUUAAAAAAGCAACAAACCAACAAUGAAACAUGUGAAAUGUUUAAAAUGAGCUCACAGCGGAGUUUAUUAGAGGUACGAUGCUGUCUGCUCCCGGUCACAAACACAGCGCGCAGCCAGCAGAGGGGCGGGGCCGCACGCGGACUGUUUCUCAUGAGGAAAUGUUGAUAUUGAGGAGAUCCCCAUGGCAACGAGGCAGCCGCAGGAGCUACUGUAUUUAAAGCAGCUUCAAUGGAGCGGCCGCCAGUCUCAGCCGUCCGAAGUCAAGAUGGUCGCGAGCUUCCUGCAGUUGGUAAAUCACAUCACACUAGCGCCCCGGGCUCGCGGGCAGCUCUAUCUGACUCUCACGCGUGUUUCUGCCACUUUGCAGAUCUCUCUGCUGAUCCUCCACGAGCUCCGCGCCUCCGCCGCCAAGUCCACGUGUCUCACCGCCGAGGUGGUGGAGGCCCGCGAGCGAAAGUUUAACGCCAGUCAGAAGAAGCUCAACCUUCAGCCCGACGCCCGCGAGCACCAGAACCGGACCACCUGCGUACAGGCUGCCCGAGAAAUGCACGAGCUCAACGGCCGCGCGCUGUCUCCGUGGUGUUACUACAUAGACCGAAACGACAGCAGGCAACCACGCGACAUCAGCUUUGCCAAGUGCCUUUGUAAGGGAUGCAUCAUCGACGGGCACGAAGUGAACGACUACAACUCUGUGGAGGUUUGGGCUCCGAUGUUGGUCCUCAUAAAGACCGAGUGUAAGGACGCAAACACGUAUCGAGUCCAGAAGAUGCGUAUCGAAGUCCCGGUGGGCUGCACUUGUAAGAGAAAACGACAGGAGUCGGUGUGGAUCUACCAGCUUCACGCUGAGAUGAGAUCAGCCUUUGUCUUCUCUGAACUUUCUGGCUCACUUUACUCAUCAGAACCCCAAAAAGGAUAAAGGUACAGAGAAACACCUGGAGUGUUAAUCAGUCUUCCCUGCACACCGGGAGUGAUCAUCAUGGGGUCCAACAGCUCAAAGCGUCUGAGGCAGAAAACAUUUGAAGGUCCCAAAAGACCAGAACAGCGAAAGGAAUUUCCUUCAGCUGUGACACUGGUACAACCUCACCCGAGUGAGGAGAAGUUAUUCAAGGAGCUGCAACACGUGGGGCUAAACUAUGACUGGCUCCUUCAGGGGCACCAAAGUCCUGAAGCUGAAAAAGUACUACAACCGCCGCCAAAUAUUCCACAAGUUAAAACGCAAGAGGAAAAAGGCACGCAAACAGACAGGGGAAGUCUUCUGAAAGAGUCGCCUGUCGCGACCAGGUCUACGGCAGAAAAGGAGAGCAGCGGCAGAGAACUUGUGGAUGGCAUAAAGGCUGUAUGGACCCCAGGCGAGCUCUACGGUCUUUUAAGAGAUGCUCCUGACCCCAUCAAAACACCCAGCGACUUCCACAGGUGGCUGCGUUUCACCUGCAUGGUGUAUCAGCCGUCUCCUGCUGAGCUCAAAAAGUUGCUGAAGUUAGUUUAUAACCACAAGUGGGAAAACGUGAAGGAACAUUUUGACUGGCCAGGAGUGGAUGGCGAGGCCAGGUGGCGACGCACUUGUGAUAUGACAGCAUGGCUCGACACACAGUGCGCCACCUCGAUUAAAAACGCAGCCUGGAAUGACCCUGAAUUUGUGCCCCCUUGGAUGAUUCUUCAGAAACCUGGAGAGUCGGUGGCAGAUUUCACUGAACGUUUCCACCGACUGUGGAAUUCCACUAUGAGUGAAGCAAAUGUUUUUAUGUUUAAUCUUUACCUUGUAAAUAAGUUGCAGCCUCACGUGGCGAAGCUUUUGAAGGAUCAUGUUGAGUGGGAAACUUUUACUUUUUCCAAGAUCAAAUUUAUUUUAGAAAACAUGGAAUUAAAGGGCAUGUUUAACUCAAAACAUCAGCCAUCUGUAACUCAUCCGGGAGACUGGAGAUCAGAUCUGUUGGCACUGCCAGAGCCACCUCGAAGCAGCCAGACACACAGGAAUAAGAGAAAAGAUCGCUGCUUUUACUGCAGCAAGUUUGGACACUGGGCCAGGGAGUGCAGAGCCCGACGUCAGGAGUACUCACUCGAGUACAGUUCACAAUGGAUUGUACUCGAGUGAGCAACUGAGCUGAACUGAAAAAAGUAACACACAAAGAUCUCAUUUUCAUACAAACAUGUCACUAGGGUAGCUUUGUAUGAUUGACAGUUCAAAAUAAUCCUCAUGGACUGACCACAUUAUAAAGUUAGCUUUGAGUGAGAGAGGAGCUCAAACAGCUUCUCCUAAACUGGACCCCUGCACCGUGUUUGUGCUGUUGGAGCCUUGUGGAGCAUUUUUAAUGACAUCAUGUGACCAAUAAUAUGGCUGCUGUGAGGUCACUGUACUAACAGACCGUCCAAGGAGGCGGAGCUCCAGUUUGAAACUUUAGUAAACGGAUGCAAUUUGGCAAUCAAACAAAGAGUGCUGGAUGAUACCUCAGCACACUCCUGGUACAAACAAACAAUGACUGUGAAAAGAAUAAUGAUGAAGCUUGAAGCUGAAAACAAAGGGUGACAUCACAGUCGCUACAUCCAGGUUUACUGGGUUUAGGAUUUCUGCAUCAAGGUCCAGCAGAAGGUAAAGAAGGAUUAUUUUUAAUAGUGACUCAUGCAAAGCUGCUCUAGGCUGAAAUAAUAAAAAUAUGAAAUGAUCUGAAUAGGUCCAUCUCAAGUUCACUUAAGGAAGCACAGGAGCAUUUCAGGCAGUGUUUUUAGUUUGACUUCAGUCGAAUAAAAUAUAUUUGAAGGCCUAGUUUCAGUUCACUGUGAUUGUGAGAGCUCACUGCUGUAUUUCACAUCCGACUGUGACCUGCAGUGAAACGCUGCAGAACAGAUUUUGGAGAGAUUUUCUCAUUUGGAAAACAAAAAGUCAAGGACAGAACGCUGUCCUUGACAAAAUACAGCUGCAGAUCACAAUGUUCUACAAAUAAGAGAAGCAGUGACAGCUCGGUGAGUCUCAAUCCUGCUCAGCUGCAGCUCCUGAAAGUGCUCGUCGUCAGAUUUCUAAAUCUUUCAUUUUGUCUUGAAUAUUUUUGUAGUUUUGGUGGUUUAAACUGGAAAAUGAAUUUCUGCUUUGCACCAUAAUCAGAAAUCUUUUACACUUUUUGAUGUUUUAAAUUCUUUUGAUAGCUGACUCUGACUUUUGAUGUUUUCUUUUUUGUCGUAUCCUAUUAUUUCAUAUUUUUGGUCUCAUUAUUUCUCAUUCUUAACUUUGAUUAUUAUAUUGAAUGGCUGGUGCUCUUGUCUGAGAUAGACUGUGUUAUCAGCUGAUUAGUAUGAGGCUUUUGCUUAUGGAUGGUGUAUUGUACUUUUAAUCUGCACUGAAGCUUUAAUUACAUGUAUGCUCACAUUUUUCAUUUGCAAUAAAAUCACUGAAAAGGC